AGGUACCUACCUAGAUGGUACUGUAAAUACCUAAACACAAACACAUUUGUCCGAUCACCAGUAGCCAUCUACGUGUAACGAAUUAUAGCAAAAAAGGGACAAUUCGCUUUGUUGGUACUAUCAAUGAUUACUAGCCAUGAUUUUCCGGUACGCCACGCCUUCCUAUAUAAAAUGCAAGUUCAAAGUCACGCAAUCCCUAAUGUGGCAAUUGAAACAGGCGACAUGCGACGAAAUAAUGUUUACUUCUUCUUAACUCUUGCUUUAUUCUUAUUUGUGACAUUAAGCUUUGGAUAUCAGGUCACAUUUGAAAACUCUAAAAACUUAGAAAACAGCAAUGCAAUAUCAAGGGAAAAACGUCAACUAGAGGAUUUUGAAAAUGAUGACUACCCCACGCCAUCAGCUCAGGCAGCGGAAGAGGAGCCUGGUUUUUGGGAUAGAAUAGUAAAAGUAGCACUAAGAUUGUUCAAUCGAUUUAUUGAAUGGUUGAACUCUUCUUAAGUAUGUACAGAUUGUUAAGAAAACAUUUUAUUCAUAGUUAUACCACAAUUUUAUGAUGUAUUUUAUACUAAUGGUUAAAUAUUGUAAGAAUCUCCUAAUAUGAAAACAAUAAAACAUUGACAAGGUUUCAUGUCUUACACAAU